AUGAUCAUGAACUGCAGGAAGAUUGCAGAUGAAGUAUACGGACUCGCCGCACUGGCCGACGCAGACCCAGGAUCGUCAUCAUCAUGCACACAGAAUGGACACGCACAUGAGGAGAAGCAGAAGAAGUUGAGGGAACUGGCACCGCUGGUCAAGGAAGCGUUGGACGUGAUCGACGAGGCGCUGGAUACCCAUGGACCUGAAGCAACGACGAUUGAAAGUGUCGUCACGCCAAAGGUAGCAGAGGGCGUGAAGGCGGAUGACUACAUUGGGAGACCAAAGGCUGUUGGAAAGGCCAAGGGUGGAGAGGGCAUGAGGCAGGCGUUGCAGGCCUACAAGGACAGGUUCCCAAAGAUUGCUGCCAUCCUGAUUGGCACGAGAAGAACGGACCCUCAUGGUGCAACGCUAUCCCACCGCAACCCAACAGACCCGGGCUGGCCCCGCUUUGAACGCGUAAACCCAAUCAUUAACUGGUCAUACCAGGAUAUCUGGACCUUCCUCCGCGAACUUGACGUUCCUUACUGCAGUUUGUACGACCAAGGGUAUACGUCACUAGGCUCAACGUACAACACCUUCCCCAACCCCGCAUUACUCGUCUCACCGUCACCGAUCCCGACAUCUGCACUCAGCCCUGGCACGGCCCUCAGCCAAGUCAUGUCAACCACCCACACUGAGCCUGGUGGUGGAGUGAUCUCUCCCACAACUGCAUUGGCGGAAUGUAUGUCGUCAACGCACAUCCAUAGAUCUGGAACGACGUCCAAUGGCAACGGCGUGGCGACACCUGGGACCGGAGAUGUCAAGGCGAAUGGCUUGUCGAUAGAGACGGAGGUUGCUGCACCGAGGUAUCUGCCGGCGUAUGAGCUCAAGGAUGGAUCGUUGGAGAGGUCGGGGAGAGGGGUCGAGACUCGAGAAAUUAGGCUAGCCCUUCGUAGAGGGGCGGCGAAGGCAGAGGCGAAAGCUAAGGCUCGAAAAGAAUGGGGGGAGGAAUGGGAACGUUCGAAGAGGAGGAACAGGAUGAAAGAGAUAGGAGAACUAGACGAACUACUGAAGUUCGGAAUCCGGACCAAGAAGCUCAAGAGACACGAGAUCAGCGCAGUCGUACAGAUUCGGACAGGACACAUUCCACUCAACCAGUAUCUGCAUAGAAUUGGGAAGGCGGAAACGGCGACCUGCAGCUGCGGGAGGGGAGCGGAGACCCCAAAACACUACGUGAUGGAAUGCCCAAACUACAGACACGAACGACACGACAUGCGACUGGAGCUACGGCAUAAAGCCAGGGACUGGAAGUACAUAUGUGGAACGGAGAAGGGGAUGAAAGAGCUGGCGAAGUAUAUUGGGAGAACGGAGAGGCUGAAGGGACUGGUGGUGAAACAAACACCCGAGUAG